AAACCUAUUGUUGUGAAUGCGACUAUUUUCAGUUUUUUCGUUUCCUUUUCUCAACAUUUGGAUUGCAAAUAAUUUUGAUUUUUUGUUUACAAUUUGUCGUAAAAGAACGCUUUCAAAUUGGUUCAUCCUCGAAAAUACAAAACACUAAAUAGAAUGUUUAAAGUAAUUGAGUGCCAACCGGAAUGCAAAAUGUGAAUAAAUUACUUGAAAAAAAAAAGAAAUUUGACUAGAUAGCACAGGAAAAUGAAUCGAUUGUAUACAAGUGGUGAUUUUAGUUCGUCAUGUUCAUCGGACACAGAUGAUGGAUCAUCAUCGGAAGAUGAAGGAACGGCGAAUAUGUUCAGUAAAAAACAACGCAUCGCCGAAAAGAAAAACGAUUCGAAUAGUAGCCUACGGAAAUCAACAUCGCAAAAUAUAAUUUUCAAGCUACAAAAUCGUGAGCGUUCGGGAUAUUUUACGGAUAAAAUUUCACACAAGGAUAGAAAAUUGGCAUUUGUUCGGGUGCCCAGACGAUUGCAAUUUUGCUUAAAAGAAAUUGUGCCAUAUUGUUAUCUAACCGGGCAUGUAUUCAUGGGUUUAACAAUAUGCGGCCAAUUUAUGCUUAGUUACAAAAUCAUCUCCGAUGAAGAUUCUGCACUAAACAACUACAGCUUUACCUCAACUUAUAAAUACGAGCUCUAUUUUUGGAUCUAUCGCCCUCAUAAUUUACUAUAUAAAUACUUUACAAUUUGCUUAUUUGAUGAUCAUGGUGUUGAUAAUAUUAAAACGGUCACAAUGGCACAAUGGAAAACAAAUCCGCGUGUGCUUGUGAUUCAUGGCGGUGGCGGUUGUGAGAGUGAAGAUUCAUACAUAAGCGUUGUGGCUGUUCCGAAUCUGGGAUGUUUAGAUUGUAAAAAACUUCGUGAUGAAUUCUGUGCGGACACCAUGGACGGUAAGGUGAAUCGAAGCGGUUAUUUGUGUAUAAAAUGUAAUUUCACAAUUCAUACAAAGUAUUGUCGAGCCGAUACGGAUCCGGUAUUUAAUCCGAGUGUGAAUUUACAAUGUUUGGAUAAAAUUCUAAUAAUGGCAAACGGUUUGAUCCACAUGAUUCAUAUUGAUCUUCAUAUGAAUAAACAAGUGAAACCGUUUACAAAUACAAUUGAUAUUAAAUAUGUUAAAACGCGUACAAAAUCGAAACCAGAUACAAGUCAAUCGGAUGAAGUGAAUAAAGAUUUAGUCAGUUUGCCGAAUGGAUCGACAACGAUUUCAAAAUGUUCCGAACAACAGUCAACAAAAACUGCCAAAGAUAGACCGAACUCAACUUUGAAUGGUGAUGAUCAUCAUCAUCCACCACCACCACCUCCUUCUUCUCAGCAUCAUCAACUUCACCAUUAUCAUCUUCAUCAUCACCAUCAACAACAAACAACGGCCAAAAGUCAUGAACCGAAAAAUAUUGUUGAAAAAAUCAUCGCCGAUUUUGCCGAAUGUGAAACUGAUAUAGUACCGACCGAAAAACAACAAGAUCAAUCGUCACGCAUUACCAGCAAUGCACAAAGUAAUUUUAACGAAUUGGUUAUUACAUGCCGUAAUAAUAUUGAUAAGCCAUUGAAACAAUCGACGAGCUCAACAAAAGUGCGAUUGUUAAAUCAUCGGAGUAAUCGAAUUAUAUCAAAAAGUGUAGCCAAUACUAUGAAAAAUACUAUAACGAAAGUUGAUUUUGGCACAAGCCCAACAACGAAUGCAACGAUAUCGAGCGGAAGCUCAAAUAAUUUAAAUAAAAACUUAGAUAAAGCAGCAAAAGCCUAUGAAUUUUCCGAAGACAAUGAAAAAUGUGAAAAGAUUAGCACAUUUCGUAAGAGACGUUUGGCUGAUAAAAAGUAUGAAUUUUCCGAAGAUAAUACCGAAAAUAUUAUACCAUAUAAUCGAAUGAGAUCGGUGAUUCGUAAUCCAGCAUUGCAUCAGAAAAUAUCACGACAUUCACCGGCACAUUCGAAUGUUGUAAACUAUAGCUCAUCGCCACCAUCCACAUUUGAAAUGCCCACAUCGUAUCACACACAUCGGGCGUCGCCAAGCUAUGGAUUUCGAUCACCGUGUGGUUCACCCGUUGGAAAUCGUUUCCACAUGAUGUCACCACCAGCUCGUUCGUGUUUUAAUGCAAAAUCACCAUCAUGUACACGAUCGGCGACCAUGUCUCCGCGCAGUUUACAGAAUAUGAAACGACCAUACUAUGAUUCAAUGUUGGAUCCACACUCAAACCUCAUUUUAUCACCGCGAAGCGAUGACUGUGAUAGCAAUAAAACCCAUACCGGUAUCACAAAUUUCCCAUUGAGUGAGGUGAAACCAUCAAAUAUUGAUCUAAGAAGUAGCCAACAGAAUAUUUGUGAACGGAGUUUAGUUGAAAGUGAUCAAAAGCCACAAUGUUCCAUCAUAUUGAUUCGACAUUACGUCGAAGAGGAUGAUGCAGCCAGUGUAAUAACGAGUGAAGAAGAUGAUUGCAUUUCGCCUGGCUAUCAUACGUCAUUGCCACUUGAAGUGCAUGGAGCUGGUUACUCUGACAUGCAAAUGAUAUCAAAAAACUCCUACAAAAAGUUGAUGUGUCCGACACUAAUCGUAACUCAAAUCACAUUUGAUUUAGAAGCAUUUACAUAUUAUGCCGUCAACUAUUUGUGUAGUAUAAAUAAUAAAAAGUACGGGUUUUUCUUCGACUGUGGCUGUGAAAUUGUCAAGAUUUGCCCGCUAAGCUGUGCAUUGACCUGUAUAUUAAUGGUGAAUUUCACAGCAAGUGAUAUGCAACUUGAUCCAAGUGUUAAUAAUUGUUUGAAUUGUUCGAGCAAUUUAAAUUUGGAUUGUGUAUUUCAUCGUAAGCAUUACGAGUGUCAGAUCUUAUUCACGUGGGACAUUGAAACGGGCGAAUGGAAUGUAUUAGAUUAUGGACAUUUAAUGGAAGUGCCACCAAUAUUAACGAGUGAAAAGCAUACACCAUAUAUUCAUCGUAUUGUUAGUAAAUUAGCGGCUGAUAUGAUAUCCGGACUGAGUGCGUACACUGAUAUAUUCAAUCAAUUGCAUGUGCUCGAUUCGUGCGUCGAAAAAUCGAAAAAGAUUUUACGUGAUGUCGAUAACUCCAUUGAAUUUUACCGAACAACCGCUCAAAUACGGUAUUCAUCUGACUUAAGCGACAUUGAAAUGGAGUAAUUUUCUAGUUCCAGUUUUUUUUAAGCAGACAAAAAAUAAAAACAGAACCCCAAAUGAAAUGAAACCGAUUGAUGUGUAAACAAAAAAAUGUUUUGUUAUCGAUAACAAUUUCUAAUAGUUUCAAAUGCGACAAACUCAACAAUUCACACGCAUGUGUAUUGCAUGGUGAACAAGACAAAAAGAGAGCGAAACAAUACAUCACAUAACAAAAGCAAAACAAGAAAUGGAACAUUUCGUUCUUUUGUUCUCCAAAAUUGAACAGGAUUUUUCAUCUUGUACAAUAAUAAUGAUAUAAUUUAUUAAAUUGAUUCAACACAAUGAAAAAUACAUAAUCUAUUUUGAAGCUAAAUGUA